UUGAAUCGAGGCUGUAUCGACCGACUGUUAAGGUUCCGGCUAGGCACCUCAGUCAGUUGGUCAAUGCGCCGCGUGCGCACGCCUUCGCCGCGAUGGAUUUCAUGACAUUCACAUUACUAAUAUUUUUAGUAGCGGUUGUUUCCACGCAAAAUUUUAACAUAACAAAUACCGAUGCCCUCGCUAGACUAACCCCGUUAUUAGAUUCUAAUAGAACGGUAAAUGAACAAGAUUUAGCGCUUUUGAAUAGGACAGCCGAUAAGCUCGGCUUAGAUAGGGAUUUAAUCGCGAAAUUCGUUGCGAAUAGAACCGAACGAGCUUCGCAAAGGAAUCCUGCUUAUAACGAAUACGAAGGGGACACAAAAGACACUCAAGUCAGGGUGAUCGGGGAGUCUCCUGAUUAUGCGUCCUCAGUAGUUCUUGCGAGUGAUCUGUUAUCCUUAACCAGUGCUAUAGCCUCUCUCAAAGAUAAUGCCUGCAGAGACCAUGGAUACAAGUUUCUGGACGGGCUACUUUUGAACAAAAGAUGGGCGUUGAAGAUGUUCGAUGCAUCGGCAAAGUCUCCACAGGGCUUGCUGUUUGGUUCCUCGUAUCACUUAGGAAAUUUCGAUGAGUGCGUCGGCAUUGAAGACUCCAAUGAUAAUGGUGUAAGCGUCGAUGGCCAGUACUGCCUUGCAACGAUUAAGUGGCAGCACGAGGAGAAUAAGAUUAGGACGGGCCGAGGAGAAACACUGCGCUGGGCGGUUUGCGUACCGAAUGUUUGCAACUCUGAAGCAGUCCAGAGUUUUGUGAGCAGUGUCUUAUCGCAUACGGUCGGGAACAAUACAGGAGUCGAAGUAUCCGAACGUGAUUGUUACACAAGACGACCGUUGUCUAUUAACAAUUUGGAUGUGGCAUUCUUGUCCUUAAUUCUCGUGUUCAUGACCAUUCUAACACUUAGCACCAUUUUCGAAAUCUUCAUCAUCUACAUGGGGAAGAAAAAGGAUUCCGUGAUCACGGAACUGAUAACGUCAUUCUCUGUCAUCAAUAAUGUAAAGAAGAUUAUAUCAACGAAACAGCAGGGAAAUCUUGGCUUAGAAUGCGUAACUGGGAUCAAAGCGCUGUCUAUGAUCUUUAUUUUGGGCGGCCAUGCCUGUCUAUUCAUAGCCAGUGGACCUGUUAUGGAUGCUACUGCUUGGGAUAGACUAAUCAGAACACCGCUAAAUGGUUUCAUGUUGAACAACGCUUUGCUCGUGGACACAUUCUUGUUCCUGAGCGCUUUUCUCUUUUGCCGACUUCUUCUCAUAGAACUGGAUAAAAGACGAGGAAAACUUAACGUUAUUCCAAUUUUGGUAUUCCGGUAUAUCAGGGUAACUCCGGCAUAUGCAGUUAUCAUAUUAUUCUAUAUGACUUGGUUCCCGAAGAUCGGAGAGGGCCCGCUAUGGGAUGAUCGACUGCUACUAGAGCGUGAGCGCUGCAUGGAAUCCUGGUGGGCUAAUAUCUUAUACAUCAAUAACUACGUGAACACUGACCAAAUGUGCAUGUUCCAAUCAUGGUAUUUAUCUGUGGACACACAGUUAUUCUUUGUGGCUCCGAUAUUCAUCUACAGCCUGUGGCGUUGGAGGAAGUUUGGUACUUUUCUUCUGUCAUUCGCUAUUUUGGUGUCUAUGUUGGUUCCAUCUGUCAUCACGUACAAAGACAAAUUGGAUCCAACGUUAUUGUUUUUUGCCAAAGAAUUCACGGAUAUUGUGUCAAACUUUUACUUUAAAGAGGCUUACAUAAAGACGCACAUGAAGAUGAUAACAUAUUGUAUGGGGCUGUUGACCGGCUAUGUACUACAUCGUAUACAGUCGACCAACUAUCAAAUGUCUUAUCUCCUCAAGAGCUUUGCGUGGCUGACCAGCAUUAUCUUGGGAACUGUGACCACUUUUUCGGUCACCUUGUUUUAUCAAGAAUGGUACGAAUAUAGUAACAUCGAGGCAGCUGCAUACAUUUCCCUGCACAAACUUGCCUGGGGCAUCGCUAACGGGUGGCUGAUCAUUGCGUGUUCCACUGGCAAUGGAGGUAUCCUUGGGAGACUACUAUCCUGGAAGUUCCUGGGUCCUGUAGCAAGAUUGACAUUCUGCGCAUAUUUAGUUAAUGGAAUUGUAGAGUUAUACUACGUUGGACAGCUGAGGCAUCCGAUGCAUAUAACAUUCUUCACUGUGGUCGCCUCGGCAACAUCGCAUAUAGUACUGACGUUCUUCUUAGCCCUGCUUCUGUGUUUGACAUUCGAAUCACCGUUGCACGGUAUUGAAAAGAUUCUCCUAAAGAGAUUUGCUCAACCGAAACAUCGAGAAAAUCCAGAUUCAGUACAAACUUCAAGAAACACUAGUCAGUCCAGACUGGAGUCAUAGCAUCACCGAUGCUAUAUAUAUCUACGUUUUGUAAAUAGUCUGCGAGUGUUGUAAUGUAAAUGGGUGUUUUGUUUAAAAUUAUGCUAUAGUAUUAUUUUUGUAAAUAAAAGGUACUGUUACGAGAGCUCUAAUAAACCACUCUAGUAAACUCUAAUAAAGCACUCUCUCUAAAGCACACUCUAAUAAAUCUCUAAUAGAGCACUCUAAUAAACCGGCGCCAUCUAGGCGGGCUUCGGAUAGCCUGCCGACCGAGAGAGCUGGUGGUCGUGGCGCCGACGACCGCCGGUCCGGCGUCCCGAGGGGGAGGGUGAUGGGAGAGAUGUGCUCCGCACUAAACCCUUCACUUUCCUCCCUUUGCCUUUUCAUGAGUUCUGUCUCAUGCGAGGUUUGGACGUUGGUUGUUGAGCGACAGGAGAUUUUAGUCAGUUCGACUCUGACAUGCUCCGCCCUCCAUCCGCAGUGGAGGGCGGAAGUCCGGCGAUUUCCUUAUGACCAAAAAAAAGAACUGUUACGAGAGCUGUUAACGGGGCGUCUACUUAAAUCUUAACUUAAUACUCCGGGCUAAUUGGUACUGUGAUCAUCCCCUGGUUUGCUGUAUGUUCGAACUUAAUUGUCUUAUACAGUAUAUAAUACAGUAUUUAUAAGCAAAUUCCACGAUCUAAGAACAACGUUGUGCAAUCAACGGUAUCAACACAAGAUAGAACCAUUAUGUAUAUAUAUAUGAAUAAAUUUAUAUUAUAAUGUUAUAAAAAUAAAAUAAUAUCGACGGACAGUGUUGGCAGCAAACGGAUGACACAUUGAAUGUAAAUAACGUAAAAUAAAUCGUAAAAUAGUCGUAUAAUUUUAUAUGAGACAUAAACGGAAAUGUUUGUUUUGGGUUAUGAUGACAAUAUAUCAUUUGACUGCGUGAGUUCGGUAGAUAGAAAUACAUAUAUAAAUAUAUAUUUUUCGAAUCAAAAUAAUACGUGUUAUAAUUUCGAUAUUAAAAUUAACAUAAUGAAAAUGUUAAUUAGAAGUGAUGCGUUGUAAAAAAAAAGGUGUAAAUAACGAAGCCUUAGCUCAAUUUUAUUUUAAUGCUACCCUCAAUUUUUUAUGGUGUUUUAGAUUUUGUAAAUGUUUUUUUUUCCUAUUAAACUUGAUACUACAAAAGCGUGUUA